AUGAGCAGCAGUGAUUCUGUCGAGACCGCUGGUUCUCAUGGAGGUAGCAGUGUAAAACCCCGACGAACGAAAAAAAUGCGCGUUUCCACGAUACACGACAACGACAUUCGGAAGUUUAAUUUGAAGGUGCCUCCGUUUUCUCCAGAGGACCCAGAAAUUUGGUUUGCACUUCUAGAAGGCCAAUUUGAAAACUAUGGUAUUACAGAGGACCACAUCAAGUUCAACAAUGUUAUCACUAACCUUGACAUUCCUCACGCGAAGGCGGUAAAGGAUAUUAUCGUGCAUCCUCCGACCAGCAAUCGCUAUGAUAAAAUUAAGAGCGAGCUCAUCAGACGUCUUUCCGCCUCCCAUGAAAAGAAGGUCAAGCAAUUGCUAACUCAUGAAGAGUUAGGUGACCGAAAACCGUCGCAGUUUUUGAGACAUCUUAUGGACCUGGCCGGUCCGUCCGUGCCACAUGAGUUUAUUCGAACUAUCUGGAGUAACCGCCUGCCGAACAGUAUCCAGACGGUACUAGCAUCGCAGCCUACCCAUUCACUAGAACAGCUGUCGGACCUUGCUGACCGAAUACAAGAAAUAACUUCUCCAUGCAACGUCGCAGCCACUUCGACAUGCGGGACGAGUAGUGCCAGCCAGUCCAGUGAAAUCGUGGAGUUGAGGAAAAUGGUGGAACGCCUCGCAUUAAAGCUCGAAGACCAGACUCGCGCCACAAACUGCUCUCAGAACCGUUCGAACCGAACUCGACCUCGGUGGCGUUCGACAUCCCGCAGCAGAACACGAUCUGCUUCCAACUAUCGACGGUACCCCGUUUGUUGGUACCACGCGAAGUUCGGGGCUAAGGCAAGCAAAUGCCAGAAGCCGUGCGAUUACAACGAGUCGGGAAAUGCCACAGGCAGUCGAUAA